AUGGGUCAAAAGCGUGGACACGAAUCUAAAGCUCAGGCGCUCCAGACGAAAAAGCGCAAGAAGUCCACCAAGGCUGAUGCUGCGGAAGAAGAUGCCAAUGUAUUUGUCGGAGUUGAGGACCUCAACUGGAAGGAGGUUGCGCUUCCUGACCGCAUGGAGGAUGCAGAGGGAUUCUUCGGUCUAGAAGAGAUUGACGGCGUGGAUAUCAUCAAAGGGUCUAGUGGCGGCGAGAUCCAAUUCAGAGCCAAGUCAGGAAAGCCCAGAAAGUCAAUUUUGAAAGCUCCCGAAGAAGGUGACGAAGACGAGUGGACUGGGUUCAGCGACGAAGACUCGACCGACAAGACUGCCCACAAGAGUCCCACGGCCGAGGAGACCGAAGUGAAGGAAGAUAAGAAGCAUAAGAAGGAAAAGAAGAAGGCCGAUCAGAAGCCCAAGGAACAGAAUGAAAAGAAAAAGCCCGAACAGAAGCCAAAGCAACAAAAGCCGAAAAAGGACCAAAGUAUGAAGGGUGCUCUCUCAUUCGAAGCCCUUGAGGAAGACGAGGACGAAGACAGCGUAGAUGUCUCGGCCUGGGAUGAGCUCAAUCUCUCGCCUGAAAUCUACACAAGUCUUUCCAAGAUGAAGUUCAGCUCUCCUUCGGCCAUUCAGAAGGCCAGUAUUCCUGCUAUCAUGGAUGGACAUGAUGUCGUCGGAAAGGCCUCGACCGGUUCGGGUAAAACUUUGGCCUUUGGAAUUCCAAUUAUCGAGCACUAUCUCGACAAGAGAGGAAAGCAAGACAAGAAGACCGAGAAGACUGGCUCAACACCAAUCGCAUUGGUUCUUUCUCCCACCCGUGAAUUGGCGCACCAGCUUGCAAAGCAUAUCGGGGAGCUCACUGCUAACGCCCCCGACACCAAUGCUCGCAUUGCCCUCUUGACUGGUGGACUGUCCAUUCAGAAGCAGCAGAGACAACUUGCUGCGGCUGACAUUGUCGUAGGAACCCCCGGUCGAGUGUGGGAGAUUCUGAGCCAAGGACAAGGUCUUAUCCGCAAGAUGCAGAAGAUCAAGUUCCUAGUUGUCGACGAGGCCGACAGACUUCUUAGCGAGGGUCACUUCAAGGAAGUCGAAGAUAUCGUUGGCGCUCUUGACAACCAUCAAGCCGGAGAUAUUAAGGAUACGGACGAGGAAGCCACGGAAGAGGAGGAAGAGCCUUCAGAGAGACAAACCCUUGUUUUCUCUGCCACCUUCCACCGUGACCUUCAACAAAAGCUCGCAGGAAAGGGCCGUUGGACAAACGGUGAUAUGUUGGAUAACAAGGAGUCCAUGGAGUAUCUUCUCAAGAAGCUAAAGUUCCGCGAGGAGAAGCCCAAGUUUAUCGAUGUGAACCCGGUGGACCAGAUGGCCCAGGGUCUCAAGGAAGGAAUUGUUGAAUGUCCUGCUAUGGAGAAGGAUCUUUACCUCUACUCAGUCCUUCUAUACUAUCCCAAGCACCGGACAAUUGUAUUCACUAACUCCAUUUCUGCUGUCCGUCGCGUUACCCAGCUCUUGCAAGCUCUUCAACUCCCUGCAUUUGCCCUCCACUCUUCCAUGGCCCAAAAAGCCCGACUUCGUUCCGUCGAGCGGUUCUCAUCGCCUACUGCGGACCCAAGCUCAAUCCUUGUCGCCACGGACGUUGCGGCCCGUGGUCUCGAUAUCAAGGGCAUUGACAGCGUCAUUCAUUACCACGUCCCUCGCGCAGCAGACAUGUACGUCCACCGAUCCGGUCGCACUGCUCGUGCCGGUGCCUCUGGAAAGAGUAUCUUGAUUUGCGCCCCCGAAGAGGUCGUCGGCGUCGCUCGUCUCGCCGCCAAGAUCAACGCUAAAAAGCACAAGGGUGAGGGUGCAUCGAAGAAGCUUCCUCUCGAGUCGCUCGACAUUGAUCGUCGGGUCGUGGCUCGCCUCCGUCCCCGCAUCAACCUUGCCAAGAAAAUUACCGACACAACCAUUGCCAAAGAAAAGGUCAAUACAGAGGACAACUGGCUCCGCGCUGCAGCUGAGGACCUCGGUGUAGAGUAUGAUAGUGACGAUUUCGAUCAGUCUCAGGGUCAAGGCCGCGGUCGUGGCGGUGGCCGCCAAAGGCGCGAGAAGGAGGCUAGUGGUAUGACCAAGGGAGAGAUGGCCGGGCUCCGCGCAGAGCUCAAGCACCUACUUGCUGAGCGUGUCAACAUUGGUGUUAGCGAGAAGUAUCUUACUUCCGGUCGCAUUGAUGUCGAGGCUCUGCUCCGUGGCGAGGGUAACAAAGCCUUCCUCGGACACCUUGACCCGCUCACUUUCUAA